AUGGCGUGGAGCUGCAACGCCAGGGUCCAGGUGGGCGCGAUGCUGCUGGCGCUUUUCGGGUGGGUCUCGUCCUGCGUCACCACCUUCGUGCCCCUCUGGAAGAACCUCAACCUGGAUUUGAAUGAACUGGAGAUCUGGACCAUGGGGCUGUGGCAGGUGUGCAUCAUGCAGGAGGAGGGGGCCACGGAGUGCAAAGCCCACGACUCCUUCCUCGCCUUGCCGCUGGAGCUGCGCGUGUCCCGCGUCCUGAUGUGCCUCUCCAACGGGCUGGGGCUCCUGGCUCUCCUCUUUGCCAGCGUGGGCUUGGACUGCUGGAAGACGUGUGAAGGAAAACCCAAUGCCAAGAAACAGCUGCUGCUGGCUGGAGGAGCAGCGUUCGGAGCGGCGGGGAUCACCACUCUCGUGCCCAUCUCCUGGGUCGCCUACACCACAGUCCUGGAGUUCUGGGACGAAGCCGUUCCUGACAUCGUCCCGCGGUGGGAGUUUGGCGAGGCGAUGUUCCUGGGGUGGUUCUCCGGGUCCUUCCUCGCAGCAGGUGGGCUGCUUCUUAUCUACAGCACCUGCCUGAGCCGGACUGCGACGCCCGCUGCACCUCCAGCCACCCGCCCGCUGCGGCCAGCAACACACAGCCCAGCCACGAUGUCACCGUGGAGCCACCACUCACACCCCAAAAACGCCGACCUGGUAAUCUGA